UAACCACGAAAAAACUUCCCAGUCUGAUCUCAUGAAACAUGGAUACUUCGUUCUACCUAUCCACGGUCGAACUUACACAGCCUCAACAUCGUCUUCUAUAAAGGUUCUACGCAACUCCACCAUAACCUCGUCAUCUCCUCUCUAGUCUCACGUCUCUAUCCACUCUACGAACAACAUGACGCACCACUCUUCCAUCUCCCACUUCGGAGGACACCACAGCCACCACACAUUUCAUCACCAACCUAGCCAUCAUGGCCAUCACGCCCAUCACCACCAUCAUGGUCAUCACAAUCACCACCAUCACCAGAACCAACCCACCACCGUUCUCCCAUACCCCAUCGUACUUCCCCAAUGGCAGCCGCCCUCUACCCCAAUAACAGUCAUAAAGAAACCCUAUAAACCAGCGAAGUACUGCAACCGCUGCAAGGGCGGUGAUCAGACCGCGGUCUGCACCUGUCGCCCUCAACGCCGUUGGCGAAGAUUUUUGUGUGGGAUGUAGGGAGGGAUCUAAUCGUGGCGGAUGGCUGUGUGUACUGCUUUGUCACGGUUUAAAAUACUUGAGGACAUCUUUAUGAGUCUGUAAAAGUGAUCAGAAUAUUGAAAAGGACCCUAUUG